AUGAAACUAACACCAUACUUUUCAAUUUUUCUCCUCAACACACUCGCUUCACCCAAAAAACCCAACCUUUCCGACUUCUUCCGAUGGAUCAAACCUACGACCAAAAUCGAAGAGUACGACUUCGUCAUAGUCGGCUCAGGCUCAGCCGGCUCCGUCAUAGCAAACCGACUCUCCGAAGUACCCCACUGGAACGUCCUGUUACUAGAAGCAGGCGAUAAGGGCGACCUUUUAACUGAAAUCCCCAUGGUAGUAGCCCUCCUUCAACAAACCAAGUACAACUGGAACUACUUCAUGGAAAAACAAGCCGGUGUCGCUCUCGCUUGCAAAGACAACCGAAUGCCGUGGCCGCGCGGUCGAGCCCUUGGUGGUACCACCGUAAUCAACUACAUGAUUUAUUCCAGAGGAAACCGGUACUGCUACGAUAAAUGGGGGCGAACUAACCCUGGAUGGUCGUACCAAGACGUCCUUCCUUAUUUCAUCAAGUCGGAGAACGCGGGACUCGAAAAAGCCGACUAUAGGUUUCAUGGAGUCAAUGGGUACUUGAGUGUAGACGACGCGUACCAAACAAAAAUCGCGGAGGCGUUUAUCGGUGGUUUGAAUGAGAUGGGGUCGCCUACUAUUGACUAUAACUCGAAUGUGUCUCUAGGGGUGUCAACGGUUCAAGCAACAUUGUCGCAAGGGUUGAGGUUGUCAGUCGAUAAAGCGUUUCUAGAGCCGGUUAAGCACAGACCGAACCUUCGCAUUUUGACUAGAGCUUUCGUCACCAAAGUACUCAUCAAUCCGAAAAGCUUGCAAGCUUACGGUGUCGAAUAUGAGUGGUCUGGAAGAAAAUUUAAAGCUAUAGCUUUCAAGGAGGUUAUUUUGUCAGCUGGUACUUUCAUGUCGCCUCAGCUGCUCAUGUUGUCGGGGAUCGGGCCGCAGAAACAUCUCCAACAACUGGGGAUUCCCGUGUUGAAGAACCUCCCAGUUGGUCAAAACUUACAAGACCAUUUAGCUUUUGCAGGAUUAACUUUUACCACCCCCCAACCCGUGACGAUUAAAUUCACCGAGCUUUUCAAACCUUUGAACUACUUCAACUUGUUCAAAAAUGGUAAAGGCCCUUUGACUACUCUUGGUGGAGUCGAAGACAUAGCGUACAUUCAAACCCCAAAUUCCCCCUCACCCGACAUCGAACUCCUCUUCGUUGGAGGCUCCCUGGCCUCUGACUAUGGUCUUUUCAUCCGUAAAGGAAUGGGGAUCACUGACGACAUCUACAAGUCCGUUUUUGCCCCUCUAGAAAACACAAACACCUUCAUGAUCUGGCCGGUACUACUCACCCCUAAAUCUAAAGGGUGUCUGAAACUUCGUUCCACCAACCCCCGUGACUACCCUCUUCUCUAUGGCAACUAUUUGACAGACCGCAACCACCAAGACGUUGGUACUUUUAUUACCUCGAUUAGAAUCGUCCAAAGGCUGGGGCGAACCAAAGCCUUUAGGAAGUUUAAUGCAACUUUGAGUACUAUUCGAGUACCUGGGUGCACGCGGCACAAGUACGAUAGUGAUGAGUACUGGGAGUGUUGUCUGCGGUUCCUUGGCCAGACUUUGCACCACCAGGUGGGUACUGCCAAAAUGGGGCCAAAGGGCGACCCAGAGGCUGUAGUCGACCAUGAGUUGAGGGUGCAUGGGAUCAAGAAGUUGAGGGUUGCUGAUUGUAGUGUCAUUCCGUUCGCGCUGGGGGCGCACACUAGUGCGCCUGCUAUCAUGGUGGGGGAGAAGGCGGCUGACUUGAUUAAAAAUACGUGGAGGGAGGGGGUGUAA